AUGCAGUCUCCAUCAAAGAGAUCCUUCAAGCGCAGCAUGGCUCCGGCAGCCACUGGGCCCUCAAAGCCCACCACGGCUCCCGCAGCUCCAGAGGCUCCCGCCGCCCAUGCAGCUCCGGCAGCCACCUGGCCCUCAAAGCCCACCGAGGCUCCUGCGGCUCCCGUGGCUCCCACAUCUCCAGCCUCCUUGAGGAUCCCCAAAGCAGCUGUGCCCACCAGUUCCUCAGUGCAUCCUAAGUCCCCUAACUUGUUGAUGAGCCCUAACAGUUCUAAGUCUACCAGAGCAACAGGUGCCAAGACCCAGCCCAGCAGCAAGACCCAAGGCCGCAGCAAGACAAGAACAUCCAGUCAGGUAAACACCGAUACCAAGGCCAGGAAGGCCAGCAGGGGCAGGAAGGGAGGAGGCAAGACUGGAGUUAUGGGACCCUAUCAGCAGAGAGACACACACAGCCGGGGACGAACUCCAGGCAAAAGGGGAAGCCAGAGCUCUAGGACAUCCCCGAACAGGAAGAGAACCCAUUCUGCCAAACCAGGAGUGGCCAAGAAGGCCAGAACCCCUACUUCCCACCGCAAGCAAAGCCGAGGCAAGAGUUAUAGCCGAUCCAGAGCCAGUACCCAUGAAAGGAGCAACAACUGGCUUAGAAACAGGCACAGGACAAAGAGCCCCACGCUGCAUGGAGCCUUAGACACUGAGCGUGUGGGCUCUAGGCUACCUGCAAUGCCCAGCAGGGCCAAGAGCCACAGCCCAACUAGGACUGUCUUCAAGAACUUCAAGUCUCCAGUGGCAUCCAGGAGCUACAGCCAGCUGGUUUCCCCCAGCAGGGAACAGACUCACACAUCAGACAGGAUCAAGAGCUCCAGGCAGGCCAGAAGCCACAGCAGGACCCAAAGCCUCAGUCGCUCUAGGACCCCUAGCAGGACCCGAAGUCACAGCCGCUCUAGAACCCCCAGAAGGUCAAGAAGUCACAGUCACAGGAGGACCCGGAGCCACGAGAGAAGUCACAGCUGGAAGAGAAACCACAGUAGGGCAAGAAGUCGUACCCGGAGGGGCACGCCCACCCAGACGGGACAAAGCCAGCCGAGCACCCUCAGCCAGGAGAGAAGUCACAGCCCAAGGAAACCUCCAAGAAGGGAAGGAAGCCAAGUACGGUCUAGGACCUCUAGCGAGGAAAAAAGCCACAGCCUGUCCAGAAGUACCAAGGAGAGAGGUCACAGACGCUCAAAAACCACCAAGAAGGGUCACAGGAGGUCUAGAAUAAUAUCCAGUCCUGAGAGCAGGAGCAGCCAGUCUAGAAGUCCCAGCAUAGACACAGCCCACAGCCCAUCUCGAACUCCCAGCAAGGAGAGAGCACGGAGCAGAACCAGAAUCUCCAGCAAGGAGAACCAGUGUGGCCACUCUAGAACCCACAGUAGGGGUAGAGCCCUCAGCCAAUCUAGAACCUCCAGCAAGGACAGAGAACCCACCCACAAUGCAACCCCUAACAGCCUCCAUGGGAAGCCAUCUCGCACCAGGACCAAGACUUCUAGUCAGAAAAGAGCUGGUGGCAAGGCAAGCGGCCACUCCUCAACACAGCUUCCCAAGGAGGUCCAACCCGAGGAUGACAGCAUUUCCAAGACUUCUACUUCUAAGGCCACCUCACCUGGGGAAAGGUCUUCAUCCUCUUCCUCCAAGCUGGCGUAG